AUGAGGGCUCUUCGAUUUCUGCCCGUCCUGGCCAGUUCCGCAUGGCUGCUGGUGAACGGACAAGCGGACGAUGUGUGCAAUGCCCAAGACCGCACAUACAGCACCGAGGCGGUCCCCGCCGGCACCCACCAACCGUACGACAAGCUGAACCCUGUGGUUGGCGCCCUGAGCACCAGGUUCUACAUCACUGUCGUUAACCUCACACCUCACCGCAUCAAACUGGAGGAUACCCACUCCUACCAGAUGAACACCUUCGACUUCGGCGACGUUCCCCAGGGCCGGGCUCGUCAAAACGUAGUUCAGUACCGAGGGACGUGGUCCACCAUAGACGACGCUGGCGAAGCAUAUUACCACCUCGAUGGCACUGACAAGAAGUUUGCGCUGCGAGUCAAGUCCUUUUCCGGCUCAAACCCUCGGAGAGUGGUGCUUGACCUCAGCGGCAUGGGCCUUGGUCAACGAGAAUAUGUCUUCCCCGGAGGAGACACCGCCGUCUCUCUCGUCAUUACGGGCAGCAACCGCUUUGGAUUUCAAGCGUCGCUCCGGCAUGGGCCCGGUAACUGGAUGCGGAAGAUCUACGACGUAAUCGGGGACCGCCUAGUUCGGCAUCUCAUCAUGCCGGGCACGCACGACGCGGGUAUGAGCAAAAUCACAGACAAGAUCACCAGCAUUGGCAGCGAAUCAAACACUCAAAACCAAGGGAUCAACAUCUACGACCAGCUCCGCGCCGGUUCCCGUUGGUUCGACCUCCGCGUUGGGUCCGUCCACCCCAACGACAACGCCGCAAAGAACAACGGCUUCUGGGUGAUGCACGUCAACGACGACCUAGGCACGCUCGCCAUUGGCAACACAGGCGAGUCCCUCGACGAAGUCAUCAGCGAGAUUAACCGCUUCACAAGCGAAAACCCGGGCGAGAUCAUCUUCUUCACCGUCCGCUACCUCAUCGGACGGUACGAGUUUCCGGACCGCGGCCCCAUUAUGUGGGACACAGCCCUCGUCAACGACUUCUUCUCCAAGCUGCGCGGCAUCAACAACCGCUGCCUCAACCUCGACACCAGCACGGGCUUCCAAAACCAAAAGGCCUCCUACUUCAUGGACCAGAACGAAGGCAAGGGCUGCGUGAUCCCGCUCCUUAACGGCCACCUCGACGGCGGCGUGCCCCGCGAGUCACCGGCCGACGGCAUCUACGACAUUGGCCGCAUGGGCAUCAGUGACCACUGGUCGAACAAGAUGCAAGCGAGCGACAUGGCGCCGGACCAGGUCAACAACUGGCGCUCAGCCACGCGCGGUGGGGCGUCGGACUUUGGCAACCUCAUGGUCGCGCAGUGGCUUGUCACGCCUGACGCCCUGGCUUCGACGGCAUAUUCGCUGCAGAACUUUGCCAUCCAGCCCACGAACCCGUCGCUGUACUGGGCGGGCGUCAAUGGGAUGGACCCGGAACACUGGCCGAAUGUGUUGUUGGUGGAUUACAUUGGGGUGCAGCAGCGCGAUCAGUGGGCGUGGGACCGGCUGAGUGCAGAGAUAUAUACCCUGGCCGUGGGUAUGAAUCUGUACAUGGCGAGUGAGAACUGUAAUGUCAACAAGCGGCGGACGCCGUUGCUCAGGAGGGGGGAGGUUACUGUGAGGGAGAGUCAGGAAACGACAUGGAAUGGCAUCAUCUUUGCGAACGGGACAACUGUGGAUAACCCACCCGCGGAGCUGCAUCUGGGCCGGGUUGAGAUAUUGAGGAACGGGACGAUAUUCGGCAACGGAACGGUCUUGGAGCAGAGUAUCCCGAACCCAUGGUUAUAG